AGCUCAUCUCCCUUUACACAUAACCAACACAACUUCCUUAUAGCUUAAACCCUCUCUCGCAAAACCAUUUCUGAUUCAUAUCCCCAGAUUCUCGAAUUACUUUUAAACAGAUUCCAACUGAUUCGAAUUGAUUCUCUCUCUCAGUGUUCCUGUUCGGUUGUGGAUUAAGCAGAAUCAACAGACCAUGAGCGUACUAUCAAGAGACUAAUCAUCGAAAACAGGACCAAAAUGACCAUGGACCGAACUUCACCACCCGAAACCCCAUCCAGAGACCCCAAACCCAUCAUAGUCCUUUCUAUCGAGUGUCUCAAAGGUAGUUCCAAAGCCGACGAAUGGACUGGCGACAUGCUCCAGACCGGCGAUAUAGUUGAAGAAAUCAGGAUCGGGUCAGGUUCGUCUUCAGGAUCCGGGUCUUAUCAAUCGUUUAAGGCUCCGUUCAAGAAUGGAAAGAGUGGGGUCCAGAAGAUUCUUCAUGUCUCGUUUAAGAAUAAAGAGACUUCAAUUCUCGUUCGAGUCAGGCGAGGCCGGGACGAGUUCGCAGAGUUGCAAGCGUGUAUCGUGCCGGAGUCCGGAUCUAAAAAGCAGUACAUUUUGAGGUCUAUUGCUGAUCCCAAUUAUACUGUCGGGUUCUCAGAUCGGUCCGAGGCGGAUUGCUUCGAGUUGCAAGGUUCAAGAAGCUCCAGAAUUGCUAGUGCACUAUCCAGGGCUACACUUCAAGACGGAUAUGUGUCAUAUCCAUGGAUGAUGAGGAUGCAGGAGGUGCUACCAGUUCCGAAUUCUAGCUGCUUUCUUUCUAUACUACUCCUUCCUAAAGUUUCGGAUCGAGUUGCUUCUCGGUACAAUGACUUGGAUGACACUCUUGCAAGGGCGAAUACAUGGCUGUAUGCAUCUCAGGCCUCUGGGGUCCCUAUUGUUUUCAUGAAUAUUCAGACCGAGUCCCUGCUCACAAAGAUAUCUGGAGAGACAGCCUCUUCUACUGUGAAUGCUGGGUCAUUAUCUGAUUUGUCUAAUCUAGCACAUGCAAGCUUGUACGGUUUUGAGGAUUACCAUGGGGUUGACAUUGGUGUCGUAAGAGCAGUCCGUCUCUGGUAUGCGCCUCUAUGCGGAGAGUUUGCAAUAGAGAUGAAAAUAAAAGAAGAUGAUUCAAAGCUUGGGUUUGCCAUUAGUCGAACAGAAGAGGGAUUUAUCUACAUUUCAUCAGUUAUUGAUAGUGAUGAAAACGUACCCUCAACGAGGUCAGGGCUCAGCAGUCUCUAUAAGGAGGCUAUGAGUGCAUCAAGAUUGCUGGUAGUCUCCAGAGUAUCAAACCAGAAGGUCCUUCCUUGGAUGGUUUCUUCAACAGGAGCAAUACGAUGCUUUGACACUGUUUCACUUAGCCAAAAACUUUCACUCCAUCGGCAUGCCAAGACACCUAUCCUGAUUCAUGUUUUCUUAUGGGACCGAGCAUUGGCUUCUCCAAGUACAGGAAGUGCUAGGCUUAGGUCUGUCUCUCCUCCGGUCAUGUCAUUGCCACCAGAAAUUCAAUUGGCACGCCAUCCUAAUGAAAAUCAAAUACUACCUCUACCUCUACCACCUGAAGUUCUGGAUGAGGGUGGAGUCGUUAGGGAUGUGCCAGAGAUUAGGCUUGAGCGUGACACAGCCGGGGAAGUCUCCUUCAGAUUCCAUGAUUUUUCACUUCCAAACAACUGGGUAUGACCAUUUAUUCAUUAUGCUUCUUUGUCAGUUGAUCGUUGUACAUAGGAAAAUUUCAGGAUCAUGCUAGCUUCAAUCGAAUGUCGUUCACGGAUAGCUUAAUUAAUCUAGAAAAUUAGGAAUAAGAUCCAAUAAUUAUUCAUACCGUUGAGUGCAAAACCAAUAGCUUGAUGUCAGUCAUCUCCUUCUUAUGUGGGUAUGUAAAUGUCAAGCGACUUUUCUUGUACCUGUUGAUCUAAGAUAAAGAAACAUUUUAUUAAAAAGAAAAAAGAAAUAUUAAAAAAUAAAA